AUGGCCGUGCCGCGCGAGGCCGCCCGAGUCGGGGCCACGCCGGGCAACCGGGAGGCGAGGCCGGCCCCAGCGGCGGGCCCCGCAUCGCCCCGGGACGUGGGCUGCCGAGGCUGCUGGGGCGCCCGGGUGCUGCGGCCGCUCCGGCGCUCGCGGAAACUUUCCUCGGCGCUGUGCGCGGGCUCCCUGUCCUUUCUGCUGGCUCUGCUGGUGAGGCUGGUCCGCGGGGAGAUCGGCUGUGACCUGGAGCGGAGUAAGGAGGCGGCGGCGGCGGCGGAGGCGGAGGAAGCAGCCCAGGCAGCUGAAGGGGGCGUCUUCCCGGGGCCUCGGGGAGGUGCUCCCGGGGGCGGCGCGCCGCUCGGCCCCUGGCUGCAGCCCUCCGCGCUGCUCUUCAGUCUCCUGUGUGCCUUCUUCUGGAUGGGCUUGUACCUCCUGCGCGCCGGGGUGCGCCUGCCUCUGGCCGUCGCGCUGCUGGCAGUCUGCUGCGGGGGGGAAGCGCUCGUCCAGAUUGGGCUGGGCGUCGGGGAGGAUCACUUACUCUCGCUCCCCGCCGCGGGGGUGGUGCUCAGCUGCUUGGCCGCCGCGACAUGGCUGGUGCUGAGGCUGAGGCUGGGCGUCCUCAUGAUCGCCUUGACUAGCGCGGUCAGGACCGUGGCCCUCAUUUCCUUAGAGAGGUUCAAGGUUGCCUGGAGACCUUACCUGGCGUACUUGGCCGGCGUGCUGGGGAUCCUCCUGGCCAGGUACGUGGAGCAGAUCUUGCCGCAGUACUCGGGGGCGGCUCCGAGGGAGCAUUUCGGGUCCCAGCUGAUCGCUGGGACCAAGGAAGAGAUCCCGGUGUUUAAGAGGAGGAGGCGGUCCAGCUCCGUGGUGUCCGCCGAGAUGUCCGGCUGCAGCAGCAAGUCCCAUCGGAGGACCUCCCUGCCCUGCAUCCCCCGGGAACAGCUCAUGGGGCAUUCAGAAUGGGACCACAAACGAGGGCCACGAGGAUCACAGUCUUCAGGAACCAGCAUCACUGUGGAUAUUGCCGUGAUGGGAGAGGCUCACGGCCUCAUCACUGACCUCCUGGCAGACCCGUCUCUGCCCCCCAACGUGUGCACGUCAUUGAGGGCAGUGAGCAACCUCCUCAGCACGCAACUCACCAUCCAGGCCAUUCACAAGCCCAGGGUGAACCCCAUUGUGUCCUUCAGUGAAAACUACACCUGCUCUGAUUCUGAAGAAAGCUCUGAAAAAGACAAGCUGGCUAUUCCCAAGCGCCUGAGGAGGAGUUUGCCCCCCGGUCUGCUGAGACGAGUUUCAUCAACUUGGACCACCACCACUUCUGCCACAGGUCUGCCCACUUUGGAGCCUGCCCCGGUCCGGAGGGACCGAAGUGCCAGCAUCAAGGUGCAUGAAGCACCUUCAUCCAGGUUAGAUUCUUGGAAAAACCCAGUGAUGAUGACUCUCACCAAAAGCAGAUCCUUCACUUCAUCCUACGCUGUUUCUGCCUCUAACCAUGUAAAGGCUAAAAAGCAAAAUCGACCAGGUUCCCUAGUGAAAAUUUCACCUCUUUCCUCACCCUGUUCUUCACCUCUCCACGGGACCCCCGCCAGCAGCCCAAUCAGCAAAAUUUCUUCAGUGCAGUUUCCAGAGUCUUCCGAGACAACUGCCAAAUCAGGCCUAAGUUCUCACCGGGCCUUAACUUACACACAGAGUGCCCCUGAUCUUUCUCCUCAGAUCCUGAAUCCGCCUGUCAUAUGCAGCAGCUGUGGCAGACCAUAUUCCCAAGGGACUUCUGCCGAUGGGCCCCUGGAAAGAAGUGGGGCGGCCAUUCGGACACCAAGCAGAACAGAUGACAUCACUCAAGUUACCUCUGAUUAUGAAACCAAUAACAACAGUGAUAGCAGUGAUAUUGUUCAGAAUGAAGAUGAGACCGAGGGCCCCAGAGAGGCUCUGAGAAAGACGUCAGCUUGCAGCACCUAUGCUCCGGAGACCAUGAUGUUCCUGGACAAACCAGUUCUUGCCCCUGAACCUCUUGUCAUGGAUAACUUGGACUCAAUUAUGGAGCAACUGAAUACUUGGAAUUUUCCAAUUUUUGAUUUGGUGGAAAAAAUAGGAAGAAAAUGUGGCCGUAUUCUUAGUCAGGUAUCAUACAGACUUUUUGAAGACAUGGGCCUCUUUGAAGCUUUUAAAAUUCCAGUUAGGGAAUUCAUGAAUUAUUUUCAUGCUUUGGAGACUGGCUACAGGGAAAUUCCUUACCACAACAGAAUCCAUGCCACUGAUGUCUUACAUGCUGUUUGGUAUCUCACGACACAACCUAUUCCAGGCCUUUCAACUGUGAUUAAUGAUCACGGAUCAGCAAGCGAUUCAGAUUCUGACAGUGGAUUUACACAUGGCCAUAUGGGAUAUGUAUUCUCAAAAAUGUAUAAUGUGCCUGAUGAUAAAUAUGGAUGUUUGUCUGGAAAUAUCCCUGCCUUGGAGUUGAUGGCCUUGUAUGUGGCUGCAGCCAUGCAUGACUAUGAUCACCCAGGAAGGACUAAUGCUUUCCUGGUUGCAACGAGCGCCCCUCAGGCGGUGCUCUACAAUGAUCGCUCAGUCCUGGAGAAUCAUCACGCGGCUGCCGCAUGGAACCUGUUCAUGUCCCGGCCAGAUUAUAACUUCUUAGUUAACCUUGACCACGUGGAAUUUAAGCAUUUCCGUUUCCUUGUCAUUGAAGCAAUUCUGGCCACUGACCUGAAGAAGCACUUCGACUUUGUUGCCAAAUUUAAUGCCAAGGUGAAUGAUGAAGUUGGAAUAGAUUGGACCAAUGAAAAUGAUCGUCUACUGGUUUGUCAAAUGUGUAUAAAGUUGGCUGAUAUCAAUGGGCCAGCUAAGAGUAAAGAGCUCCAUCUUCAGUGGACAGAGGGUAUUGUCAAUGAAUUUUAUGAACAGGGUGAUGAAGAGGCCAGCCUUGGGUUACCAAUAAGCCCCUUCAUGGACCGUUCUGCUCCUCAGCUGGCCAACCUUCAGGAAUCCUUCAUCUCGCACAUCGUGGGUCCUCUGUGCAACUCCUACGAUUCAGCAGGACUCAUGCCAGGGAAAUGGGUGGAAGACAGUGAUGAGUCAGGAGACACGGAUGACCCAGAAGAGGAGGAGGAAGAAGCACCAAAUGAAGAGGAAACCUGUGAAAAUAAAGAAUCUCCAAGAAAGAAAAUUUUCAAAAGGAGGAAAGUCUACUGUCAAAUAACUCAGCACCUCCUGCAGAACCACAAGAUGUGGAAGAAAGCCAUUGAGGAGGAGCAGCGUUUGGCGGGCAUAGAGGACCAGUCCCCCCAGCAGCAUCCCUCAGAACAGAUCCAGGCCAUCAGGGAAGAAGAUGAAGAAAAGGGGAAGCAGAAAGGAGAGCAGGCCCCAGCCCCAAAGCCAAACCAGUGA